GUUUUAAUCUUAUUCAUCUGUCCAUUUAAAGAAGGCUAUUGAUGCCUCCUUGUGAACAUGUAUGACAUUUGCUCCCUCAUCUGAACUACAUGACGUAGAGCGCUGUCAGCAUAUGUGGUGUCAGUACUGACAACCCAGAUGUCACUCAAAAUGUAUGAAAUGCCAAAAUCACCUUGUUCCACCUGUUGCCACCUUUCAGUACAUUUUGCCGUGAGCGAAAACUGCAUUUUACAGUGGUCAUUGAUGAAAGUAUGAAUACCCUUUUUCCAAAGGGUCUUGUCUUUUGAAAAGCAACACUUUGCCAAAGCCCUCAGCGAUAACACGGCUGUUGGAGUAGGGUUCGCGCCAUGCAGUAUAUUAUUUUGAGCCACAAAGUUAAUCAGUCAUGCCAUCUCAUUACAGUGGCCAAAAAUUCUCUGAAUCUGAGACAAUUUACUGUUGUCUAAAGAUUAAUUCCAACCAAUGAGAGCCUUAAGUUAAUGGCUUAUCCUUUAUGCCAAAUACCCCCACUGUAUUUUUACUGAGUUGAUAUGCAGUGUUUUGUUAUUCAGCCUUAGAGAAACCUAUGCAAAAUGUGACUUAGUACAGUGUAUCAGGGAGCCCUUUUUUCAGGGGUGCUAAAAUCACUACAUUUCAACUGUUACAUUCCCUUGUUGUGCUUAACUGUGUACUUGAGUAUCUUGAAUGUGGGGUAUUUUUUUAGUGAACGGUUUGGGAUUUGCCUCUCGUACGUUGUAGAGCAAUCAUUGAAGAGAAACACUCAAGGGACACGUAUGUUGUGUGCACUGGGUUUUUUUCUGGGUAACACGAGUUACAUCACUGGCUAACUGCAAGUGAAUGUAAUGCUCAUCUGAGGACAUGUUCCAUAAUAAACCUUAAUGUAAUCCUUUGGAGAAAAAAAAAUGUGUUAGCAGAAUGUAUUACCUGUAAAAUCAUUCUGAAAUUCACACUUCAAAACAUCCCUCUAUUCCCUCUGACUAGCAGCCAUGUAACCUUGACUAAAAUCAUGGGUAAAGUGUUUUGUUUGACUGUGGUAUAGGGACCUGUAACCGAUAGUGUUAAAGUGUGCAUCAAAUUUGGUGAGUGAAUUUUGGCGUGCAUCAAAUCAAAAAACAGAACUCAAAAUAAUUGCCAUCCAAGGCAUUUGUGCUUUAAGUAUCUUUUUUGUUAUUUUUAUGCUGUAAAGUGUCUGUGCAUUUUGCCCUUGGAGUAACACACUGGUCCUUAUACCAUGGUCAGGCAAGUUAGGGAAAAGGUAUUUCAAAAUACAGGCUUCCCUUGCAUAACGAUUGCUCAUAUUACUAGAAUUCGGUCUUAUGAGCACAUGUAAUUUGUGUCCUAAAAUUUACGUAAGGAGCUUUCAACUGAAACUUAAGAGAAUUGCUUUAUGAAAACAUUGAUUUUGUAACGCGAAAUACCAUAGAAGUAAGCAGCCCCACCCGCUUUUCAGUUUUCUUGGAACCAAGUGCCUGCUGACAAGGAUCUCUCAGAAAUCUCAUGACUUUUCCUCAUAGUGUAAGGUCAUCAUCAUAAUAGUUAGCCCUACAGCAAAUACAUUUGAAAGAAAGUAGUAAAAAGCAAAUGAAAGCCUUACCUAUGUUUUUAAAAUCUGAAGUUUCCAUGUGCAUAAAAUCCUCAUGAACAGCAAUAUCAUUAGGAGUGAACUGUGAUUUGAUUUAUCAUUUGUGUAUUGCACAUGAUACUACUGUAUAUGAACAGAGCAGUUAUGAGCAUUGCACAUGAAUGCAGUAAUUGCAUUAAGAACUGCCUUGAUAGCUGGUUUUCCAGUAAUAGUUGUCGCAUUGUAAAAAGGCAUCAGGUGAGCAUGAAUAAUAAGUUCUUUAUUUUAAUGUGCAUUUGAAAGCACCUGGAACACAACUUUAAACAGAGAAAUUUAGAAUAAAUAUAAGCUUUUACAAAAAUGCAAUAAUAAAAGAACAGAGUAAUACAAUACAAUAGCAGCAUUUGAAAAAUAGUCUAUACAGAGCUUUUGAAAGUAGCAGUACACUGGAGAAGAAAUGAGUCAUGAUAAAAAAGCAUUUAAAAAUUUACUACAAUACAAGAACCAAAGAAUCCAUUCUUUACUGGUAACUGCUUGUCUAGUGCAGGGUCAUGGUGGUUUGCAGCCUGUCACAGAAGCGUAGGGCAUGCGAUAGUCUACACCCUGGGUGGGAUGUGAAUCUCACAUAUGCAGUCGUUCACAUAUACACACACCGUAGGCAGCAUGUCUUUGGACUGUGGAAGGAAUUAGGAGCACCUGGCGGAGACCACGUCACCAUGGGGAGAACACGCAAACUCCAUACAUACUACGGCAGGACUUGGGUUGAAAGGAUGAAGUGGGACUUUUCACUUUGGUGGGAAAAUUGAGUGAACCAUUUGGGGCUCAGGAAUCCAUUAUUUAUUUUUCCGUUUAAAUUAAUGAGGAGUUCUUAGGAGUCAGUGUUGAGUUAGUUGGGUUUUUGAGAAUUUGUUACACGAGCAUAUCUUCAGGAGCAAAUUACGUAUUAUGCAAGGGAAGCUUGUGUUCCGUGCUGCUUUUUUUGAACUUGGACAGUGCUUUUCUUCUUAUGAGGUUACCUGACAUGGUUUAUAAUAUGAAAUGUCUUAUGAAUUACAGUGCUUAGGAUGGGAGCAGUUGAUUAUUGUUUAAAGUAAAAAUUCUUUAAACAGUUUUUUUUUUCCUUCAGUGCACUUAUUUGGGGGAAAUAAAUCAUUUAUUCCAUUUCUACAUGUGCUGUUUCAUGAAGGACUAAGAUAUGAAUGGAAUGAAACCCAUACGAAGUCUUCUAUAAUUGGCUGCUACAGGGAGUCGAUUACCCUCGCUGAUAAAUGCGUUUUUUACGUUGUAGCACUGCCCCCCCGCCCCCCCUCCCCCAGCUGUACCACAGCGACGCGCUGACGCAGAUCCUGGAUCCAUCCCCGUAAAUGAGCUUAAAAUAGUGAUGUGAGGAGCUACUGGUGAGCAGAGGGGUCAUGUGGGAGGCCCUGUGCUAGAGGAGCCUGUAAACCCCUUGUGGUUGUGCCUUGCCCUUCUGAGUCACCCCCUCCUCUCUGUACCUCACUGCCCUCUGUGAGCAGCCCCCCUCGCCCCUCCGUUAGGUUCUCUUCUUAUUGGCACCUCCUCUCUGGAGGCCCGUACCCGUAAUCUGCUCCCUGUGGCACAGAUAGUUCCUCUCCAUUACUGUUCUGUCCCCUCGUAGCCAUUCCGUUCCGACAGAAAGGCGCUGCGCUAUUAUCCUGUCAGGGGUUCGGCGUUAACCUUUCCACAAUCAUGCAGAUAUUCAUUCGAACGUCUCUUUUAAUGGCCGAAGAGGGCAGUAUCAGCGUUACAGAUAUUGCUCUUAGUAAAAGUACACCCUUUUGCAUUGCUUGUGCCUCCAAAGCCAUAUGUGUAUCUGCACACAUUCAUAACGUGUACAGCGACAGAAGAGGUAUUGAGAAGUCAGUAAAAAACAAGUAAUGCUGGACGGCGUCUCAGAACGUUGACGUUGCUCUCAGUGUGCUUGACAGGGUGAUGUUGCAGUGCCUUUCUUUUCUCUCGUGCGCAGACGAUCCAAUGAAUGUUUACAUUUUAAGCUGCAUUUUAUUGACAGAUGACCCCUCCGUCUGGCGCCCCGUAUUAAAUGUACCCUCCCUGUGCCAUGUACUAAGUGUAGUAUAGCGUUGUGUGUAGAGGGGUUUGGAUAGCACAAUGGGGAAACAAAGCAUGAUGUCUUUCCCCCGUGACUGGGACUGGGCGGAGAGUAUGGAACUGUGUAAUGUCUUUCUGAAGGCUUUUUUGUGGUUUAUAUGUUGUUACAUAUUUUACAGCAUUAGGAUCUAUGGGAUUUUUUGACUACUGCAACAGUUCAAUGACGUUGGUAAUUUUUUCUUUCAAUUUUUUUCCCCCCCAUUGAACAGACCUGGGUCCAAACUAAUCUAUAGCCUAAAUUUGAUCGUUAGUAUUAUGUUUGUGUCUUAUACUCUGUUUACUAUUUGGAUACAGUAAAGUGUACGAUAAUGAACUGUUUGGGUACUAAACCUGGUUACAACAAUUUGAAAUGAAGUUAGCCCAUUGUGUUUUUAUAUUUGAAUGGUUACUGUUUCUUAAACUCUCUUUAAUGGUUAACUUCAUUUUCUCUGAAGGAAGAUUAUGCCAGUACCACAACGUCACAUGUUUCUUGGCAUGUCACGUGACACAAAGAGCAGAGAGGGCGUUCUCUGGAAAUUCGAGCUGGAGGCUAGCCACCUCUGCGCGCACACAUGCAUUCCCAUGAUUCCUUGCACCCCUCCACUCUAGGUGUUGCCCUUGGAUGGGGCCCCUCACUAUGUACACCUCCCCUGUACCUCAGCAGUCAACAUGCUAUAUAUAUGGAGCAAGGAGCAAGCAACGCAGAAAAGUUUGACUAUGUCAUGAAUUUCCUGAAUAAAAUGGCAGGGAAUGAGUAUGUUGGUUUCAGCAAUGCCACAUUCCAGUCAGAGCGCGAGUCAGGAGACAGAAAUUUUGCCAUAGGCUACUACCUGAAGGAAAAGAAGUGUUUCCCUGAGGGUACAGACAUGACCUCCAUCCUUGACUUCUACUUCCAGCUGUGCUCCAUCGAGGUGACAUGUGAGAGCGCCAGUGUCAUGGCUGCCACCUUGGCCAAUGGUGGCUUCUGCCCCAUCACGGGGGAACGCGUGCUUAGCCCUGAGGCAGUGCGUGACACACUGAGUCUCAUGCACUCAUGUGGAAUGUACGACUUCUCGGGCCAGUUUGCUUUCCACGUGGGCCUUCCAGCCAAGUCAGGUGUGUCAGGAGGCAUCCUGCUGGUGGUGCCCAAUGUCAUGGGUGUCAUGUGCUGGUCCCCACCGCUGGACAAGCUAGGCAACAGUGUGCGGGGAAUCCAGUUCUGUACGGACCUUGUUGGUCUGUACAACUUCCACAACUAUGACAACCUGAGACACUUUGCCAAGAAGAUGGAUCCUCGCAGAGAGGGAGGUGACCAGCGGGUGAAGUCCGUCAUCAACCUCCUGUUUGCCGCGUACACAGGUGACGUGUCGGCGUUGAGGAGGUUUGCCUUGUCCUCCAUGGACAUGGAGCAGAGGGACUACGACUCCAGGACGGCGUUGCACGUGGCGGCCGCUGAAGGGCACGCGGAGGUGGUUCGUUUCCUCCUGGAGGCCUGCAAGGUGAACCCCGAGCCGAAGGACAGGUGGGGAAACACGCCGAUGGACGAGGCCGUGCACUUUGGCCACCACGAUGUGGUCACUUUGCUGAAGGACUACCAAAGCAAGUACAGCCCGCCGGAGAGCGGCGCCGACUCCGAGACGGCGCAGAAGAACUUUGAUGGCAUGCUGUAG